AUGAAUUUAUCGUUUGCUGGCUGUGGCUUUCUGGGAAUUUAUCAUGUUGGUGUGGCCAUUUGUUUCAAACAAUAUGCUCCUCAUCUGCUCCUGGACAAAAUCAGUGGUGCUUCUGCUGGUUCUCUAGCUGCCGUUGGAUUAAUAUGUGACCUGCCGCUGGCCGAGAUGACAUCGGAGAAUCUGAGGAUCAGCAUGAUAGCUAGAUCGCACAAACUGGGUCCCUUCAGUCCGCGUUUCAACAUCAACAACAUCCUCCUUGAGGGUUUACACAAAUUCCUGCCCGCCGAUGCUCACCUGAGGGUCAAUGGGCGUCUCCAUAUUUCUCUGACGCGUGUCUGUGAUGGCAAGAAUGUGAUUGUGUCCCACUUCAAUAGUCGCGAGGAGCUCUUCCAGGCACUCCUCUGUGCCUGUUUCAUUCCUGUGUUCUCGGGCUUCCUACCACCUCGUUUCCGUGGUGUACGCUACAUGGAUGGUGGAUUCUCUGACAAUUUACCCACCAUCAAUGAGAACACUGUUACUGUGAGCCCUUUUUGUGGGGAAAGUGAUAUCUGUCCUAGGGACAAAAGUUCACAGCUUUUUCAUAUAAAUUUUGCCAAUACGAGCAUAGAACUCUCGAGGCAGAAUAUGAAUCGCUUUUCUUAUGUGUUAAUGCCACCAAAACCGGAAAUUCUGUCGAAUUUGUGUCAGCAGGGCUUUGACGAUGCCCUGCGCUUUCUGCAGCGAAACAAUCUCAUCAAUUGCAACCGGUGCAUUUCGGUGCAGACACAGGUAAUCAUCCAGGAUACGCAGGAGUACAUCAUGGAAGAUUAUGAUCCGGAAUGCAAGGAUUGCACAGAGCACAGGAAGCAUGCUUCCAGGGCGAAUCUACCGGAUACGGUUGUUAAUGUGCUUCAGUCGGCGAUCGAUUCGGCCAACAAAGGAAUUGUCUCGUGGUUGUUUAAGCACAAACUCCCCACAGUUCUGCGAAGGAUUACAUCCUUCCUGCCCUCAGUUCUGCCCACCUCACUGACAAAGGAAGUGUACUGGGAUGAUGAGGAUUUUGAUGAGAAUCCUCCGGAGAUUCAGAUUGAAAAGGCAAUAUAGGAUCAAAAGGGGACUCCUUCACUUAACCGGCCAAAUGACAUUAAUAAAUUAAUGCGAAAUAAAAGACUUGAAAUAUUUUUUAUACUCAACUCAUGUGACAUUUUUCAAGGUAAUCUUGCAUUUAUUUCUAUUAAUGAAUAAUCCAAUCAAUAUUAAUAGAUUUUUUCUCCAUUUCUUUUUCAGACAUACACAUUUUCACUAUUUUUCUAAUGCUUUAUACAUGACUAAGGUAUUUUUUGAUGGAUAGAAAACCAAUGGCAAUUUUUUUAUUAGGCAACUUUCUUAAAGAAUCUUCAGACGAUGAGGUUUUACAAAUCAUUGCAACACAAAAGUUCAAUGAUCCUGUAUUAAAAUGUAUUAGACUGAAAUAAAAAUCAAAUACAGAUAA